AUGUCCACCACGGCGCCCGCCAUUCUCGUUUUCUACACUCGACGACCAGACUUCACGCCUGCUCAGUUCAGAGAGUACAUGGAGUCGAAGUAUAUUCCCAUCAUCAAGGAAGUAUUCGGCCCCCUUGCCCCGGUCUUGACGACCGUGCGGUACGUUGAGCGAUGCGGCUCAGGCUUUGGAGACAGGCUAGGGGCCACUCUUGCAUCGAAACAUCGGAAUGAUGAGAAUGCGCCAGUGGUACUCGUGGGCUAUCCCAAGGAUCUCGGAUGGGAUGCGAUGGUUGAGAUGUCCUUCAAGGAUGAUUUGCAUCUGAUGCAGUGUUAUGCUGCGUCGAACAGCGCAGAAGCACAGCGGAUGAAAGACGCAGAAGAAGAGUUCACAAUACCGGAAGUCAUGAAAGUUGUAUUGAUGGACCGUGUGUAUAUGACUGAUCGAAGGGAAGACGAGAAAAAGGAGUCUUAG